AUGGCGACGCCAACGGCCUCAUCCAACUUACCCCUCGCUACCGCUUCCGCCUCGACCUCCUUCCCCGACCGCUUCCUCCGCACGCCGUGCACGCUCCGGCGCCGCGCUUGGCCCCGCCUGCGGGCGGGCUCCGUCAAGGAGUGGCGCGAGUUCGAGGACGACGCGGGCGCCGUCAAGGAGUGGUGGGAGUUCGAGGACGCCGUCAGGAGGAAGGACCUCCCCCGCGCGCUCCGCUUCCUGCAGUCCGUGGAGCCCGCGGCUGUGGCAGCGCCGGGGACCGCGGCGGUGCAGGUCGCGGUCCCCGUGCCGCCGGGGCGUGACUGGGAGGUGCUCGACGCCUGCAUCGAUGCCGACGACAUGCGCCUCGUCGGCCGGGCAUACCAGUUCCUCGUCGACCGCGGGGUCCUCGCUGGCUUCGGCAAGUGCAAGAACAUCGUUCUGGAAGGGCCAAGAGAAGUGACACCAACGGUUUUGAAGGAGAUGACUGGUUUGGAAGCUGAAAAACUUGCGCCAAAGAAAUGGGGUAUUUCUGGAAGUUCUCCGUAUGUGCUCGUUGGAUUUCUUGGAGGUGUAUCCUUUCUACUAACACAAGGGGUUGAUCUACGGCCUAAAUUGGGUGCUGUAUUGGGAUUAGCAACAGCCGAUGCAUUGUUUCUUGGUGGUACUUGUCUCGCUCAAAUCUCAUGUUUCUGGCCUCCAUAUAAACGUCGGAUCCUUGUACACGAAGCAGGCCAUCUUCUUACCGCCUAUCUAAUGGGCUGCCCUGUACGAGGAGUCAUUUUGGAUCCAUUUGUGGCAUUGCGAAUGGGCAUCCAGGGCCAGGCAGGGACUCAGUUCUGGGAUGGAAAGAUGGAAAAAGAACUAGCCGAGGGUCAUCUAUCAAGUACUACAUUUGACAGGUACUGCAUGAUUCUGUUUGCCGGAAUUGCUGCUGAAGCACUUGUUUAUGGGGAGGCAGAAGGUGGAGAAAAUGACGAGAACUUAUUCAGGAGUUUGUGCAUUCUACUGAACCCACCGCUUUCUGUUGCACAGACCUUUAUGAUUCAUCAGUGUUUCUCCACUGCUUAUCAGAUGGCGAACCGAGCUCGUUGGUCAGUCAUGCAAUCUUAUAACCUCCUGAAGUGGCACAAGAAAGCUCAUAGAGCUGCAGUCAAAGCACUGGAAGACGGGCAUAGUCUCAGCAUUGUAAUCAGAAGGAUAGAAGAAGCCAUCGCCUCUGACAGAAAAUACGACCAUUAA